ACAUGUUAUGAAAUGCUAUUUCAUUCAUUUUCAUAAUAACUGAAUUGUAUUGGAUAUCAUUGUUAUUUAAUUCCAACAGUGUAUUGCUCAGGGGCUCCUCGGUGAGGUGAACAGUCACACUGCUCAGUGAACGGAUUCUGUCUCCUUACUAAACACACACAUCUUGUUAUUCGCGGAUUUGUAAAAAAAAAAAAUGAAACAGAAGCUCGUAAAUGUGCUUCCAAAGCUCGGACGUCAUCGACAGCCUCACACUACGCUAGAGUUCUCCCGGAAACAGCCGAAUGUGGCCGACGCCUCCCGAGGGUGUGUGUGGAGGAAGCGUCGGGGAUGGAGCUCCGGCAGAGCGGAGCCGCCGCGGACAGACAGGGACAGACAGGGAGCAGACGGAUACACACCGAGCUCUGACCGGGGAACACUCACACAGAACUAGUCCAGAGACCCGGCAGCUCAGCGGGGAUUUACCGGACACUCCUCACGGAGCCUUGUACGGACCUGUUCUCCAGUUCACCGGGGGAUUAGAGCAGGUGUUGGGACUGGAGGAAUUGGGAGACUCUUUUAAACUGUGUCUCAUCUGGGGGACCUGCCUGCUCUUCUUGUCUUCAACAUCUUUUCCCGACAUGCAAACGUCCAGGAGACCCUAGAACAUGGUGUCACUCUAUGACUGUGUGAGGUCGUAGCCAAUCAGCAGCAGCGUCAGGACCAGAGGAGAGCGUACCAACAGUCAGACUAUGGACCUGAGAUUCAGACGGCUGUCGCCUCUCACCAGGGGAGCUCUUCAUCUCCUGCUGCUGGCCAGACUGGUCUCUGCCUUCUCACACAGAGGUGAGCAUGCCCGGCUUCAUCAAGUCCCCCGACGAUCAGACAGGGAUUUCGGGAGGAGUGGCAUCGUUCGUGUGCCAGGCAGUGGGUGAGCCCAAACCUCGCAUCACCUGGAUGAAGAAGGGGAAGAAAGUCAGCUCUCAGCGCUUUGAGGUGAUUGAGUUUGAUGACGGCUCGGGCUCCGUGCUGCGUAUCCAGCCUUUGAGGACCCACCGCGACGAAGCCAUCUACGAGUGCACGGCCACCAACAGUGCGGGAGAGAUCAACACCAGCGCCAAGCUCACUGUCUUAGAGGAGGACCAGAUCCCUCAUGGUUUCCCCACCAUAGACAUGGGGCCCCAGCUGAAGGUUGUGGAGAGAACGCGUACCGCUACGAUGCUGUGUGCUGCCAGUGGCAACCCCGACCCAGAGAUCUACUGGUUCAAAGACUUCCUACCUGUGGACAUCGGCAGCAGCAACGGGCGCAUCAAACAGCUGCGUUCAGGUGGUACACCAAUCAGAGGAGCGCUUCAGAUAGAGAACAGCGAGGAGUCGGACCAGGGCAAGUACGAGUGUGUGGCAGUCAACAGCGCCGGGACUCGCUACUCUGCUCCGGCUAACCUUUAUGUUCGAGAUCAACGGGAAGUUCGCCGCGUGCCUCCCCGUUUCUCCAUCCCCCCCACCAAUCACGAGGUGAUGCCCGGCGGCAGCGUCAACCUGACCUGCGUUGCGGUUGGCGCUCCCAUGCCUUAUGUCAAGUGGAUGAGCGGCGAGGUGGAGCUGACCCGGGAGGAGGAGAUGCCUAUUGGCCGCAACGUCUUGGAGCUCACCAACAUCCGGCAGUCUGCCAACUACACCUGCGUGGCCAUAUCCUCCCUGGGCAUGAUCGAGACCACGGCCCAGAUCACUGUCAAAGCCCUGCCCAAGCCACCCACUUCCCUCAUCGUGACAGAAACCACGGCUACCAGUGUCACCCUUACCUGGGACUCUGGCAACCCAGAACCGGUAUCCUACUAUGUGAUCCAGUACCACGCCAAAGUGUCUGACAACGGCUUCCAGGAAGUAGACGGAGUAGCCACGACCCGAUACAGCAUUGGCGGCCUCAGCCCCUUCUCGGAAUAUGAGUUUCGCGUUAUGGCCGUCAACAACGUUGGCCGGGGGCCUCCCAGCGGUAUCGUAGACACCCGCACAAGCGAGCAAGCGCCCUCAUCGCCUCCUCUUCACAUCCAGGCACGCAUGCUGAGCUCCAGCACCAUGCUGGUGCAGUGGGAACCUCCAGAGGAGCCCAACGGCCAAAUCCGGGGCUACCGGGUCUACUACAGCUCCGAACACGAAGCCCCGCUCAACGCCUGGCAGAAACACAACACAGAUGACAGCCAGCUCACCACCAUCUCAGGCCUCACCACGGAUAUCACCUACAGCCUGAGGGUGCUGGGCUUCACCUCUGUGGGAGACGGGCCUCCCUCUGAUGUUCUGCAGAUCAAGACCCAGCAGGGAGUUCCAGCUCAGCCGUCUGGUUUCGAGGCUGAGGCCGAGCUGGACUCACGCAUCAUGCUGUCGUGGCUUUGGCCCGUCCAGGACCCCAUCGUUGGCUUUGAACUGCUCUACUGGGAGGACAGCAAUCCUGCAGACAAGCAUCAUGCCACUUUCGACCCAGCAGGCUCCCAUGCAGUUGAUGGUCUGAAGCCAGACACACUCUACGUGUUUUCCCUGGCAGCAAAAUCUGAGAUGGGUUUAGGAGUCUUUACUCAGCCUAUUGAGGCCCGGACUGCCCAAUCCACCCCCUCAGCCCCUCCCCAGGAGGUACGCUUGCUCAGCGUCAGCUCCACCAGCAUCACGGUGAGUUGGGUGGCGCCGCCCACAGACAGCCGCCACGGGGAGAUAGUGCGCUACUCCCUAGCCUACCGAGCACUCACAGGGGAGGACGUGAAGCGCCACCAGGUGUCAGGGAUCGGUACGGAUGUCACCAGCUACGUGCUGGAGGACCUGCAGAAGUGGACUGAGUAUUUGGUGUGGGUGAGGGCUCACACUGACGUCGGGCCCGGCCCGGAGAGCUCCGCAGCCUGCAUCAGAACCCAGGAAGAUGUGCCGGGAGCUCCUCCCAGGAAGGUGGAGGCAGAUGCCCUCAACUCUACUGCCCUCAGGGUGACCUGGAAGCCUCCCCUGACUGUGAAGCAGCAUGGCCAGAUCAGAGGCUACCAGCUGGUCUACUCCAGGCUGGAGAACGGGGAGCCUCACGGCCAGCCGGUCAUCGUGGACGUUUCCUUCCCUGAAGCCCAGUGGACUCAUGAGGACUCAACGGACUACGAGGCCAUUGUAACAGGUCUGCUCCCAGAGACAUCCUACUCUGUGACUGUAGCUGCGUAUACCACCAAGGGCGAUGGAGCUCGCAGUAAGGCCAAGGUGGUCACCACCACAGGAGCAGUGCCUGGCAAGCCCACUAUGAUGAUCAGCACCACCAUAGGGAACACUGCGCUGAUCCAGUGGCAGCCUCCUAAGGAGAUGGUUGGGGAGCAUGUGGGAUACCAGCUGCAGUACAAGAGAGCCGAGGAGGAAGCUUUCACCAUCAAAGACUUCAGAAAGGCAGAUGAUCAUUUCACAGUCACUGGCCUCCACAAGGGAGCCACCUACAUCUUCAAACUGUGCGGCAAAAACCGAGCAGGCAACGGGGAGGAAUAUGUGAAGGAGAUCAGCACCCCUGAGGACAUUCCCAGCAGCUAUCCCCAGAAUCUGAGUGUGGUCGGCCUGACUGCCAGCUCCACUAAGCUGGCCUGGGAGCCCCCUCCUCUGGCAGAGAGGAACGGGAAGAUGAUCAAGUACGUGGUGGUGUAUCGAGAUAUCAAUAGCCAGAACAACAACACCAACAGUACCACAGAAACACAGAUGACCGUACAAGGUUUGCAGCCAGACACAACCUACGACAUCAGAGUCCAAGCCUUCACCAGUAAGGGGGGAGGACCCAUCAGUCCCAGCAUUCAGAGUCGGACCAUGUCCACCUCCAUGCCAGACCUUCCCUCAGUGUUCACCAAGAACUUUGGUGUGAAGGCUGUGAUGAAAACCUCUGUCCUACUGACCUGGGAAGUACCAGAAACCUACAAAUCCCAAGUGCCUCUGAAGAUCCUGUACAACCAGCAGAGUGUGGAGGUUCAAGGCAACCUGAAGAGGAAGCUGAUCACACAGCUGCAGCCAGACACGGAUUAUUCCUUCGUGCUAAUGAGCCGGGGGAACAGCGCUGGCGGCCUCCAGCAGCAGGUUUCCAUUCGAACAGCUCCAGACCUGCUGAAGAUGAAACCGGCUCGAUACCAGCACGAUGUGGAGGAGGGUGGUAAAGUGACCAUCAGUCUGUCCAGGGUGCCUGCUGAAGCCCCUGUCAGGUGGUACUACAUAGUGGUUGUCCCUGUCACCCCGGUUUCUCUGAAAAGAUGGGAGAACCCUGAAGACAUGGACAUACAUGAGCUCCUGGAGGCUGGUGCUGACAGCGGCCUGCAGAGGAAGAAGAGACAGAGCCAGGACUUCCUGCAGCCCUACAUCGCUGCCAAGCUGGACGUUCUGCCUGAGAUCUUCACCCUGGGAGAUGAGAAGAAAUACAACGGCUACUACAACAAACCGCUCCCCGGCCAGCAGCAGUAUCGCUGCUUUGUUCUGGCUGACUUGACGGACCAAGAGUCUCAGAGGACGUUUGCGGCCACCCCGUUCUCUGAGCCCAUCAUGGUGAAGCUCCACAAUGGGAUGACCCGACAAACUGAGGACCCAGAGAUGCUCUGGGUGAUGGGUCCAGUGCUGGCGGUCAUUCUCAUCAUCAUCAUAGUCAUUGCUAUUCUGCUCUUCAAGAGCAAACAAGAAAGGAAACGGACAUCUCCAGCCAAGGAUGAGCACAUGGCGGGGGUGAAGGACUCACUGCUGGCCCACUCCUCAGACCCUGUGGAGAUGAGGAGACUCAACUAUCAGACACAAGGUUCCAGUGCCCUCACUUGCCCGAAUACUCCAAGGAUGAGGGAACAUCCUCCCACUGCUAUCUGUGACCUGGCAGACUACAUAGAGAGACUCAAGGCCAACGACGGUCUACGCUUCUCUCAGGAGUACGAGUCUGUAGAUCCAGGACAGCAGUUCACCUGGGAGCACUCCAACCUGGAGGUCAACAAGCCAAAGAACCGCUAUGCAAAUGUUAUUGCCUACGACCACUCCAGGGUCAUCCUCACACCUGUGGAUGGAGUUCCAGGAAGCGACUACGUCAACGCCAACUACAUUGAUGGCUACAGGAAGCAGAAUGCUUACAUUGCCACACAGGGGCCGCUGCCGGAGACGCUGAGUGACUUCUGGAGGAUGGUUUGGGAGCAGAGGACCUGCACCAUCAUUAUGAUGACCCGCCUAGAGGAGAAGUCACGGGUGAAAUGUGACCAGUACUGGCCCAGUCGAGGCACAGAGACGUAUGGGAUGAUCCAGGUGACCAUGCUGGACACUGUGGAGCUGGCUACGUAUAGCGUACGCACAUUCACCCUCUAUAAGAAUGGCUCGAAUGAGAAGAGAGAGGUUCGACAGUUCCAGUUCAUGGCCUGGCCUGACCAUGGAGUGCCUGAGUAUCCCACCCCAACACUGGCCUUUCUACGCAGAGUCAAGGCCUGUAAUCCUCCAGACGCUGGGCCCAUGGUGGUCCACUGCAGUGCCGGUGUGGGCCGUACAGGCUGCUUAAUCGUGAUCGAAGCCAUGCUGGAGAGGAUGAAACACGAGAAGUCGGUGGACAUUUACGGUCAUGUGACAUGUAUGCGGGCUCAGAGGAACUACAUGGUGCAGACAGAGGAUCAGUACAUAUUCAUCCACGAGGCCCUACUGGAGGCUGCAACAUGUGGCAACACAGAAGUCCCUGCCCGAAACCUGUAUGCUCACAUCCAGAAGCUCACCCAGAUCCCUCCCGGAGAGACCGUCACCGCCAUGGAACUGGAGUUUAAGAAACUGGCCAAUUCUAAAGCACAUACCUCAAGAUUCAUCAGUGCCAACCUGCCGUGUAACAAGUUCAAGAACCGUCUGGUGAACAUCAUGCCUUUCGAGUCCACCCGUGUCUCCCUGCAGCCAAUCAGAGGGGUGGAGGGCUCUGACUACAUCAAUGCCAGCUUCAUCGACGGAUACAGGCAGCAGAAAGCAUACAUGGCCACCCAGGGCCCGCUGGCCGAGACCACGGAGGACUUCUGGAGAAUGCUGUGGGAACACAACUCCACCAUUGUAGUCAUGCUCACCAAACUCCGCGAGAUGGGACGGGAAAAGUGCCAUCAGUACUGGCCCGCUGAGCGCUCUGCACGCUACCAGUACUUUGUGGUGGACCCCAUGGCUGAGUACAACAUGCCUCAGUACAUCCUGAGAGAGUUCAAAGUCACAGACGCCAGGGAUGGUCAGUCGAGGACCAUCAGGCAGUUUCAGUUCACCGACUGGCCAGAGCAAGGAGUGCCAAAAACUGGGGAGGGAUUCAUCGAUUUCAUCGGCCAAGUCCAUAAAACGAAAGAGCAAUUCGGACAAGAUGGACCAAUCACUGUGCACUGCAGUGCUGGUGUCGGGCGGACUGGUGUGUUCAUCACCCUGAGCAUCGUCCUGGAGAGGAUGAGGUACGAGGGAGUGGUCGACCUCUUCCAGACCGUCAAGACGCUCCGAACUCAGAGGCCCGCCAUGGUGCAGACAGAGGACCAGUACCAACUGUGCUACCGGGCUGCUCUGGAGUACCUGGGAAGCUUUGAUCACUAUGCAACAUAACCCCACCCAGAAUGACAUCCACCCUCAGAAGAGUUCUGUGUCUCCUCUGAGCCAUAUCUACUCAGCUCCAUCAGUCCCCGGGGCCUGAUGAGGAGGCUACGAGGAGGACUGAUGAGGAGGUGACCACAGCAGGAAACAGGGGAGAUUAGAGGAAAGAGGAGAGGGGACAGGACGACCUCCUCUUGCACUGGUGCCAUGAUUCUGCCACAGACCCGACACCAAAACCUCCCGAAAAACCAACCCCCGAGAGACUUGUAGUCAUGCCUCAUUCCGAUUCUUGACUGAAUACUCCCGUCACUCCCCAAUUUCUGCCUCCUCCUUAUAGCAAAAACAAACAUUCUGCUAUUUUCAUUUAUAUUCACCAUUACUAUGUUGUUAUAAAUAUUUAGAAUUUAUUUUGUAAUCACUUACACUGGUUAUUAUAUGUCUUAAUGGGUCUUUUUUUAAAAUUUGCUUAUCUUUUCAUUAUUUUUAUUAGCACAAAGGACAUGUAUUUUCAACAUUAAUACUGGAGAGCGUAUACUCACAGCUGCUAAUAAUUUUAUUUUGUACCAUAGAUAUAAUAUUCUAAUGUUAUCAUUGCUCAGUUGAUCUUAUUUAGGGGCAAAUGUGGGUUGUCUUGACAUCCAGCAGAUGAUGAUGAUGAUGAUGAUAUCUCCCAAACAGAUCAAAUAAACAGAUAAAGUUUGUGAACUACAGUAUGAAAUAAACCUACGGCUACAAACACGCAGAGACUAUUCACAUCUGAACAACCGCUACAGACUUUCUUGUCAGUAACUCUUGACUUAUUUUCUCAAAGCCAUCAGAAAUGUGGAGACUUUCAACAAAAGAAAUAUAAAGUUGUUGGAAAGGUUGUGUAGUUUUCACACCCCUUCUUAACAUGGACUCAGGUAGACUAAACACAGACGGUCUGUUGUCGAGAACUUUUGUGAAAUAAGUGUGAUGAUGUCACAUUGUGAAGAAAGAAAUUCAUUACGGCACCAAUUUAAUUCAAUUUAAUUAAAUUCAAUGUAUUUUUAUAUAGCGUCAAAUCAUAACAGAAGUUAUCUCGGGAUGCUUUUCAUAUAGAGCAGGUCUAGACCGUCCUCUAUAAUUUAGAGACCCAACAAGAGAUCCCCCAUGAGCAUGCAUUCUUAUGCGACAGUUGCAAGAAAAACCUUCCCUCUAACGAGUAGAAACCUCGGGCAGAACCGGGCUCUGGGUGAGCGGCCAUCUGCUGUUGACAAGACUCAAUGUUGAAAUUGAAUCAAAUUGGAUUAGUUGCCCAACCUUAAAGGAUAAAGCUGGCUUUAUUCAAUAUUUUCUUAUUGUCAACAAAUCACAAGAAAACACCAACAACAACAAUGACUACAUUUACAUGUACAAAAUGUUUUGCCCUUAUUCCGAAAAAGACGAUAUUCCUACUAAGCUGUUUGCAUGGCUAAUGAAAAUGAAUAUUCCACUAAUAUUCCCGUUUACAUGCAGCCGUGCAUACUCCGAUUAAUGUAACCGGUGGCAGACUUGUUUCACCGUGCGAACACAGCCUCCCUCUUUCAUUCCUUCAACCACCUUCUUGAAAAUGUCGACGUUGCGAUAUUUACACAUAUCCAAAAACCUGUUGAUAUCCAAGUCUUCCAUAAUGUUUAACGGUAGGUGUGUGUUUGUCCUUCUGACCAGAGACGUGGGCUUUUCUUUUGGUCAUGCAUCUCUGCAAACUGUUGGCUAGUUGGUUUGUGUACAAACGCACAGAGCUGAGAUGUAUAUUGUGAAUGUUCUGUAUACAUGUUCAAAGAAUGCUCCUAAAACCUAAAUAAUAUUGGCAUAUCCCACAUGUCUUAAUCAGAAAAUGCUCCAUUCAGAACAAGGCCUAAUUCAGAACAUCCAAACUGAAUAUGCUGUUUACAUGACCCGUAUCAAAUUCACAAUAUUGUCAUAUUCGGAAUAAUAGUGGAAUAUUAGUGUGCAGGUAAACGUGGUCAUUAAUUGGUCCGUCUCUCUACACUUUCUCACUUCUCUGUCUGUGGCUCUCAGCUCCAAGCCCACUGGUUCCUACUGAAAACAUACUUUCAAAAAACCCUGGUUUUAUCAAACAGGAGGAAAUAUGCAAAUAUGCAUUUGUUGAGGACUAUUUUCAGCGGCGGAUUAAUGCACAUUUGAUGCUCUAGUGAGUAUUUGUGGCAGGAGGAAGGUGUAUGAGGGAUUAAGUCAGAAUAAAGUACAGUGUGUGUGUUCAUAAUGAUGAAGGAACAUGUCAACCAUUGUGAGUGUGACUCACUGAUGUGUUUUUAAUAGUUUUUGGACAACAAUGGAGCUCUAUGGUUCAGAGGAAGAGAUAUCCGGCUUUGAUACAAACACAAUACUUGUCAGUAGAAUCACUUCAUUGUUGGUUUGGCUCUGCACAUGGGAUUUGUUGACAAGAAGAAACAAAUGCUGUAGAAUAUCACCAGACUUAUUCAUAUGUAAAUGUUCUGUUGAUUGUACAGCCCCUGAUUUUGUUAUAUCAGCUAACAACGCUCUAAAUUCCAAAAUGUCAAAAACGUUUUUAAACCCAACGCAGUUCACAGCUGAAUUUUUAAGCAUUCACAGUGGGAUUGGAGGAAAUUUAGGAAUGUGGGGGCACGAUUAUAUUAUAUGAAAACAAAAAAAAUAUAUAGU